AAGCUUGACCUAGACAAGCUUAUGAAUGAUGUUCAAUUGGGAGGUUUAGACGACCCUCAAGUGCAACAAAAAAACCAAGGCUUAGAGUCCCUGGUUUAUAUCCCUGCAGUAAACCCUCACGAGCAUCCAGGUUUCAUAAUUGUUGGGCGACAGCAGGACGCCCGGUUAUUCGUGUUCAACAUCACUUCCAAAUGGACUGCUGACUCCAAUGACGAAAGCCAAGAUAACCUUGAGAUGAAAUUCAUGGGGACUACCUAUGCACCUGGACCAUCCAAGGAUCUGUCUGCCAUAACACUUUGGAGAUCGCAUAUCUGGUUACUUUAUGAUAAACCCAAACAAAUGCAUUCCGUCCAACAAACCGACUUUUACAAUUCACUCAACCUGCUCGAUCCCGCAAAGGUCGUUUCAUUUGAAUCCACGGCUCAGACCAAAACAGUCGAACCGUUUUCAUUUAAAACUCGAGGACAGGAGGGGAUUGCAUUUGCUGACAAUAUACGCCUUGAAACUGGCCAAUCUGGUUCUAAUCUGGUGUUUAUUGCUGUGGAUGCACCACACAAGACUGGACAAAAGGAUCUGCUGAUGUUUUCAUUAGAUUCAUUUUUUGGCUGCUUCUCAAGCCAGGGAGUAUCUGGAAUACCUUUAUCGACAAGUGCUUGAUCUUUAUAUAAUAAAUCUGUAAUUAUCUUGGGUUACCCGGUC